AUGGCUCGGCUGAACGAUCUACCCACGACUUUGGACUCUAUCGAGUCCUUAAAACGUCGCUUUAUAAGACAAAACCGCGAGAUUGCUCGAGCAAAUUCGGUACAGUCGAUACGCAUUAGAACACUCGAAGCUGAAAUAUCGCAUCUCCUUGCCGAAAAUGUCACUCUCCGAGAAGGGAUUAUCUCUGCAAAUCAUGAGCUUGAGCAGUACCGGUCCGGCUCACAUUUUGAAAAGCGCAUCAAUACUCUAAGAGAAAGAUUUGAGUCUGGUUUGGGAGAGCUAUCAGCACUUGUCAAAGAUCUCAACAAAUUACCAACUCAGUAUUUUGACAAUAGCGCGUCUACCUUGAAAGAAGGCAAUGUUGGAAAGGAAGGAGAAACAAAACGAAUUAGCCCCAGAAGCCUCUCAAGACUCUCCGAGGACAACGCUAUGUUGGAAGACGGCAGCUGCCUGCCUGCGAUCCCAGAGGAUCGAGUAUAUGCCCCUGAAAUUGAUAAAGAGGCUGAGGAAGAGGUAGCACUGGAAGAUGAUGGCAUAGAGCCAUUGCAACCCAUGGAUGAUGUUGAACUGAAUGAGGAGAAGCUCGAGAUGGAGGCUGCUACAAAAGAACGAGACCAGCCGCAUUUGCCAUGCGCUACAAAGGAUAGUACAGUGGAAGCUGUUUUAGAAAAAGUUCGGCCAAUAAAUACCCGACCAAAACGACGUGAUAGUUCCCUCUUCCAAACUUUAAUGUCAAAAAAGGACGUUGAGGUCGAUCAAGAUUCUUCCCCUGUUCGUACCGUUGCUGGCUCUAAACGGAAAUUUGAUGCGCAGGAGUGUGAAGCUCUCCCUCAAGAAAAACAACGGAAAGACGAAUUUCAAUACACAGUGAUAAAAAAGGCAUAUACUCAACUACCUGGCGACAUUGGAACUGGCGCUGAAAAUGAACCGGACCCCAUGUCUGUCGGCAAGGAAAGCCUUAAGAAUUUCGCAGAACCGGCAAAAUCCCGAAGGGCUCUUGAACCCAAAAAUGUAAAUUUUAACCCAAGGUCAACUGUGAAGAAAGUGGUCCAUGAUAAUGUGGCUGCUGAGAAACGAAAGUUGUCUGGACGGAAGAAAAAAGAGGCGCGCAAUUCUCGCAGCAGAAGUUCGGGUCUACUGAAGACCGCGAAAGAGGAUGUUCUCAUCAGCGAGGAUGCGCCCCCUUUUAAUGGUCCCGUUGAAAUUUCCUUGAAUGACCAGAGCCAGGAUGGACUGUCUUCUGAAAAUACACCUAAACUCGAAAACGGCCUUGAUAAACAAUGGCACUCGGAAUAUCAGCCCACCACCACCAACAGUGAACGGCAAGCUCGGGGAGCAAGACCCUCUAGACGUUCACGGGGUCCAAUAAACUAUGCCGAGCCUAGUCUAAGGGGCAAGAUGAGACGACCAACCGAAGAUCUCGUGGAUGCAGUAGCUGAACACAUGACGAAGAGACUCUCGCGGUCGCAAUAUGAUCAUACUGAUGGACUUCAGAAUGAGCUUCAGGCGACUAAGGCCAGUGUUAAAACAAGUUUACCCAAAGUGAACCACGUGGACGCCAUUGGGGACAAGGUUCUCGACCUCUCGACAUCCAGCCCUGAAGGCAAGCAAUCUCUUGAGGACAACAACUGCUCUAGUGACAACGACACAGAUACAGAGAGGGAAUGGUUAAAUAAGGAGCAAAGAGCUCGAUCUAUGCGUGCACCUACCCCGGACCCUAGUAUCAGACCGGUGAGACAAUCUCGCAGGAAUUCUUCGCAUCCGAAUUACAGGUUGGAAGUGAAUUCGAUGGCACAUAUACCGGUUUGA